AUGGCCCAGUGCAUAAAUGGUUCAAGAAGUGAGAAAGCAUCCCUCACAAGAUACUGAGGACCUUCCUAUCAGACUGGAGUACCAUGAGGGCUGAAGUGCUGUCUGAAGCACUGGUGAAGCUUUGUAUUGCAAUGAUUGAUACUGGGAAAGCAUUUUGCACAGCCAACAAGCAGUUCAUGAAUGGAAUUCGAGAUCUUGCACAAUAUUCCUGUAAAGACACAUUGGUUGAGACCAAUUUGACGAAGUUCUCUGACACCUUACAGGAAAUGAUCAAUUAUCAUAAUAUUCUGUUUGACCAAAUCCAAAGAUCAAUUAAAACACAGCUUCAGACUUUCGUUAAAGAAGAUAUUAGGAAAUUCAAAGAUGCAAAGAAGCAGUUUGAAAAAGUGAGUGAAGAAAAGGAGAAUGCUCUGGUGAAAAAUGCCCAAGUUCAAAGAAAUAAACAACACGAGGUGGAGGAAGCAACCAACAUUUUGACUGCAACGCGGAAGUGUUUUCGACACAUAGCUCUGGAUUAUGUUCUGCAGAUCAACGUUCUUCAAUCUAAAAGGAGAGCAGAAAUCUUAAAAUCGAUGUUAUCGUUUAUGUAUGCACAUCUGGCUUUUUUCCACCAAGGCUAUGAUCUGUUUAGUGAACUUGAGCCCUACAUGAAAGAACUUGGUGCACAGCUGGAUCAGUUGGCUGUAGAUGCUGCGAAGGAGAAGAGAGAUAUGGAGCAAAAGCACUCCACUAUUCAACAAAAGGAUUACUCCAGUGAUGAUACUAAACUAGAAUACAAUGUAGAUGCAGCCAAUGGCAUCGUUAUGGAAGGUUAUUUAUUCAAGAGAGCCAGCAAUGCCUUCAAGACUUGGAACAGGCGCUGGUUCUCAAUACAAAAUAACCAACUUGUGUACCAGAAGAAAUUUAAGGAUAAUCCCACAGUAGUUGUUGAAGACCUGCGGCUCUGCACAGUUAAGCACUGUGAAGACAUAGAAAGACGUUUCUGUUUUGAGGUGGUUUCUCCAACAAAGAGCUGCAUGCUUCAGGCUGACUCAGAAAAGCUGCGGCAGGCGUGGAUUAAGGCUGUUCAGACCAGUAUUGCCACAGCAUAUAGAGAGAAAGGGGAUGAAUCUGAGAAACAGGAAAAGAAAUCAUCCCCUUCUACUGGGAGCCUAGAAUCUGGGAGUGAGACAAAAGAGAAGUUGUUGAAAGGAGAGAGUGCCCUGCAGCGAGUGCAGUGUAUUCCUGGUAAUGCUGCCUGCUGUGACUGUGGUUUGGCAGAUCCUCGCUGGGCCAGUAUCAACCUGGGAAUCACACUGUGCAUCGAGUGCUCUGGGAUACACAGGAGCUUGGGCGUCCACUUUUCAAAAGUAAGAUCUUUAACGUUGGAUUCAUGGGAACCUGAACUCCUAAAGCUUAUGUGUGAAUUGGGAAAUGAUGUUAUAAAUAGAAUAUAUGAAGCAAAGUUGGAAAAAAUGGGAGUAAAGAAGCCACAAUCUGGAAGUCAAAGGCAGGAGAAGGAGGCAUACAUCAGAGCAAAAUAUGUGGAAAGAAAGUUUGUAGAGAAACAAGCUGCAUCAGUACCUCUGCCUGAGCCUGGAACAAAAGUUUUGCCUCCAAGUCAGGAAGAGAAAAGGCACAGUGUCCCUGAAAAAUCCCUUUUGGCAGGGGAACAAGGUGCAGCAUCCCCAAAAGUCCGAAGCAGUGACAGUGGGAUCCAGCCAAGCACUGAUGACAGCAGAGAACAUCUUGCCUCCACUGUAUCAGCCAACAGUUUGUAUGAACCAGAAGGAGACAAGCAGGAGUCUCCAGUAUUCUGUGACUCCAAACAGCCUAGUCCAGGACUGCGAUUGUAUCAAGCUGCCUUUGAGAAAAAUCUUCCCCACAUGGCAGAAGCAUUGGCUCAUGGAGCUGAAGUAAACUGGGUCAAUGUGGAAGAAAACAAAGCAACACCACUCAUUCAGGCAGUGCGAGGGGGUUCGUUGGUUACUUGUGAAUUUUUGCUGCAGAAUGGGGCCAAUGUGAACAUCCGAGACAUGAAAGGAAGGGGGCCCCUGCACCAUGCCACAGUUCUAGGACACACUGGGCAAGUGUGCUUAUUCCUAAAACGAGGAGCAAACCAGCAUGCCACUGAUGAAGAUGGGAAAGAUCCAUUGAGUAUAGCAGUGGAAGCUGCAAAUGCAGAUAUUGUAACACUGUUGCGUUUGGCAAGGAUGAAUGAAGAAAUGCGUGAAUCAGAAGGACUCUAUGGGCAGCCAGGAGAUGAAAUUUAUCAGGACAUUUUUCGUGACUUUUCUCAAAUGGCAUCAAAUAAUCCAGAGAAGUUAAACCGCUUCCAGCAGUCAGAUUCCCAGAAGUCUUAAAUAUCAAGAAGGAAAAGAACCUGAAGCUUAUAGUGCAAGUCUUUUUUUACUUUAACAGAAUGAAUUGUAUGCAUUUUGUUAGAUAGUUUGGAUAAAAUGACCACUCCAAUGUAGCUUUAGAUUGUGGUAGCUGGGGAAAUGUAUGAGUUGGUUUAUAUUCUACAGUACAUAUACCUCAGCAGCUGGAGAUAUUUCAAAGCCCUGAGUACCUGCUAGCUCAGUGUACCCCAGCCCCAGUUGCACACCCAGCAUUUGCAGCUCCCACUGGGGUGGCAGAGCACGGCUGGGCUCCGACUGCAGGAUGGGCACAGCAGCUUUGCUACCCAGCGUCAUCCACUGUCACCUGCCCCCCUGCUGCCAUAAAGAAUGUGCCUCUACAAGAAGGUCUGGGUUGCAUUUUCUGGGACUGUUGGGAAGGGAAAUUGGGUAAUGACUUACUGAGUUGUCCUUCCAUCUGUGGGACUGCAACUCAACAGAUUCUCUUGUUCCUGCACUGACUCUGGCUAGAGGUGGGCUGUUCAUAACAGAUGUGAUAACUCCUGCUCUUUUGCAAGCUUUCAUAGUGGAAGCUCUAGCACCAGGCUGGCCUCUGUGCUGGUGACUGCAGGUCAGUCACGAAGGGAUAUAUCCUGGGGACCAAAUUCCUAAGAGCAGUCCAUUUUCCUUUUUUUUUUUCCCUUUUCCUCUUAAAUUAAGCUUUCAGUGCGGCAAGUAUCCUUCUAAAUGAGCAUGUGGAACCUUUCAUGAAAAAUAAACUUGAUCCUUUUGGACGUGAUGUGGGGUUUGUUUGUAGUAUUUUGACAUGAAAACUUGACAUUUGAGACAUGAAAGUAAAUACUGAGCCAAUGGAGUUUGUGUAGAAUAGUUGUACAAAGGCUAUUUGUACUUUUUGCUUUUCUCACUACUAGCCCUAAGCUCAGCAUAAAAGUCUCAUGUCUUGCAGCCACUCUAAAUUUAGGGCAAUCAAUCCUUUCUAUCAGGAAGCAGGAGCCCUUGUAUAAUUUGCAAUGAUGUGUAUGUUUAUGUGUUGUCUUAAACUAAGGUGAACACAAGAAAAACUAGAAUUUCAGUGCACAUUUUUAUAAAGUAAUGACUGAGCACAGUCUCAACUGUGUUGUGAGGGCAGCAAGACAAUUUGCUUUAUUCAGUAGUGAGCCCCACUCUGCCCUUGUGCAUGUAUAAAUGGUGUCUCUAGAUAUAUGCUUAUAUAUCAGGUUACUUAUACCUAGAUAAUAAUUCUCCUAAACCCCAAACCAGUAGAUGCAAUUCUUUAUCCUCUAUUUGUCUGCUCUAUGAAGACAACUUCAGCAGAGCUUUUAGGUGGCAUAGUAUCAAUGUGAGUUUUCAGUAAUCCUCAUAGCUAUGGCAUUAUGUUAACCUGCUGUUUAAGUGUAUUUAGGAAAUGGAUUGGCUUUUCUCCAUGGAAAAAUAAGCAAAACUGGGAUAAAACAAAUUGACAUCUGUAAACUAUGGUGAAGUUAAACUUUCUGGCAUGUUAAGUUUUAAAAAGGUAUUUCAGACAUUUACAAUUUUGCAUCAAAUGUGUAAUAAUGUAUCAAAUCUGUAUAUUAUUAUUGCUACAAAAUUAGUAGUGUUGUAGAAUUGUCUGGUGGAUUUUAUUUCCAAGCAGAAGAAUCUUACAAGACAGUUCUUGCUUUGCGUGUGGUCUAAUUAUGGUAGGAAAAGCAGAUUCUGCCCAUUUAAAGUGUGCUUUUAGUCUUAAUAAGAAGAAACAUAAGGAUAUCGCCUGUAAGCAGUAAUUUUUACUUAAGUUGGUUUUUAAAUAGCUGCCUAUGAAAUUAUAAUAGACUUUCUAACCAGCAGUAUUUACCAGUAAAUGGGUGUUUUAGUAGAUCUUAGAGAAAGUAAGAUUCCUGGCAUACAGAUGGGACAAUGUAUGAUAUGACUGCAUAAUAUACACCUUAGACAUAGUUUUUUCUAAAUGUUUGUUUUUCCCAGCCUGGCUGGAAGUCCUUGUGUGGUGGGAUUUGCUGGAAUGUAAAGCUGCCUAAACCUUAGUGGCAUAAUUGCUGUCUCAGUCCAGGCUGCUGGAAAAAAGGUCUGAGAGACUUAUUUCAAAUCUCCACUGGUGAUUUCCUCCCUGGCCACAAAAUCUCUGUGACAAAUUUUGCAGAAUGACUUCUCUAGACUAAAAAGUUUCUUCCCUGUAGCUCUACACAUCCUUGUGUUCCUAACUCUCAUCUGUCUGGGAAACAGUAUCAGUCUGUCUGUGCUAAAGGCUGAAUGACACCUGAUUGACAGGUGAUGUGACUUGUCAGGAGCACUGGAGUUUUAAUGGCUUAGGGGGAGUAGGUGUGACACUUGUGAUCCUCAGCCUUGUUCUCGUGUCCUUUCAGGUAUGAUAGGAUGUCCAGUAUAAACUGCACUCAGUUAAAGCCUUUUUCAGGUCAGGUACAAUGGUAGCAUGUUGCUUAUCAGCAGAUAUGAAUGUACCAUUAAGUUUGAUGGCUCAGUCUCAGUAGGCUCUGGCAGGCUCUGUGUUCCAGGGCCUCUGCAACUCACAGGAUUUAGCCCCCAGUAGUGUGAUUAUCACCACAACUCUGAAGAUCUGGAUUCCAUAUCGAGUUUUGACUCGUGUUAAUAUUCUGCUCAGUAAUAUUACGAAACUUACAUUUCUGUUACAAGGUGAAUCUAAGUGGAAUAAUAGACAGUUAAGGUUUCAUUGUGGGUUAACAUCUUGUGCUUUGUACCAGGCAAUGGAAAGGUUCAAUUCCAGUUUCAUGUUUCUCUGUAGGUAUGAAAUAUAGUAGUGAGGGACAAAGCAGAAGAUUCCUAACACAUCUUAAAACCAUCUUUCACAUGGAUAUUUAGUAUCAUUUUCUGUAUUAGAUAGCCCAUUGAAGGAUAGUAUAAUAUCGUUCUUAUUUAUAGAUCAUGUGUUCCAGAAGACUCUUGGAAUGACAAAUGUUGAGGAACUCAACUUACAUUCUAAUGAAUCUUGAUUUCAGAGGUGUAAUUUAUGUCCACUGCAUGUUGAUUAAAAUAGUGUCUCUGGUGGGUCAUUAGUGGUAUCAAUUGCUUUGACUGUUUAUACGGUUUCCUGUUUUAUAUUAGUGUCAGUACAAUGCAUAUAAACUUAAAUUUCUGAAUUAUCAUACUGAAUUAUGCCACUACCUGUAUUAGACAGUUGGAAUUUGUUCACAUGAAUUUGGGUGAAGGUGGUAGAUGGUAGAGGUGUUUCUUUGGUUUCACAAACAGCCCACAUUGCAAUUGGAUGGAUGCGUGUUCCAGGUGCUCAUUAGUACAUUGUGGACUUGAGCCUCUCUGCCCAUUAGAACCUGAUCCAGGAAAUCGCUGCUAUCAGUGGCAGUCUUUCCACUGAUUUUGGAGAUUUUAGAUUGUAUCAUUUGUGACUUUUAAUGUUAGAGUGCUAAAGGAUCCUGUAUUAAUACUGCAUUUUUCACUCUGUGGGGUCAUAUAUUUUACUUGUUUGUAUACUGGGCUGAAAUAGUUUUAGAAAAUGCAACCAGACCUUCCAACUGCUGUCAGAAAAAUCCUAUACAAGAGGAAGUUUCUCCUGUUUUGCAUUAUGACAUCAGUACACAUGUGUUGUCCGAAUUACUAGGUCUCCUGGAUAGAGCAUAAACUUUGUAGUGCUAAACUGAAAAGGUGAGAACUAGAACAAGCGGAGGGUUGAUGUCAUGCUUCCAGGACUUCAGUGCUUCUCUGCAGCCAUCUGUUUUAAAUUGUGGAUGUUACCUCUGCUGCUUCAUCUUGAGAAUCUCAAAUAACAGAGUGACUAUGAAACGACCCUUUGAUGAAACUGCAAAUAAUAAUAUAUAAGUAUAAAGGACGUAGUAUUUUUACAGUGUCAAAAGGACUGAGCUGAUUAUUUUGAUUCUUCAAUAUGCAAAGUAUUUUGAGAAUCAAUUUUGCAGGCUACAAUCUCUGCCCCAUUCAUUAUGGACACUUUUCCCCAAGUUAGAGUUUAUGGCUUGUGCAGUCUGACAGCCAGCAUGCCUUGCUCCCGUGCUUACACAAAGGCACAGUUUUAAAACAGGGGCAACUCUAUAAAGGCACUACUGGGGAAAAGGAUGAGUGUACCACUUUGGUAUAUGCCCUUUCAUAUACUUGCUUUAUCUUUCUGCAUACAGUAUUUUCUUGUUUCUCUUCCCAUGGAAGGAGAUGAUAGAGGAGGAAAAAUUCUACUCAUUUUUCUGUUAGGAGCCUAAGUUUUCCAUGUUUUGACAGAAAUCGCCAAGAAAUCAUCGUUUCGUCAAGCAGAGACGUUACUCUCUCCGAAAUAAUGAACUUUUUUUUUUCUCCGCGCGUUCCUCUGUACUCGGUGUUUUUUAAGCAUUCCAGCAGUAAAAUGUAAAAAACCCCCUUCCCCCCCUCUUAAGCUGUAACUGUACAGACUGUAUACCCCGCCCUCCUUCGCGUUAUGUACGGCUGUAGACUUUGUAUCUAAAACUUGAAUGUA